AUGGCUUCUACGGUAGGCACCGCCUUAAUAAAAUUACGCAGACGAGCCAGGGACAGAGCCAUCCUUGAAGCGAGCAACGAACUAGGCGGUUUCGACAGCUCAGCCAUUCACGGUAAUCCCGAGAUUCAAGCGUGCUUUGUCGCCUUGAGCAUACUCAGCAACAUUGUCUCAGAGACAUUUCCUGCCGGCGAUUUGACUCCAACUACACCACUGUCUUUCGAAGUCGAUGUUGACCCUGUAGGACAAUUGUCCGAGGUCUCCCCCUGGUUGCGGAGAUACACAGCCAGCAUCACGUCUAUGGUACCUUCGCCGCUCCCUCGCAGGUAUAUUAUGGCUUUUAUCCACAAAGUUCCCACCAAGUUUCUGAACUUAGUCGAAGAGAUGCUCAGCCUGAUUCAACCCAAUAAUGCACCGGACAGCGAUCAGAUGUGUUGGACGACACCAAAUCUUAGUACAGCGCACCAGCUUGCCGUCGAUAUAUUUGCUCAUUGGCUUGUCUUGGUUGUAUUGCUGGAUAAUGUGUGGUGGAUUGGUGACAUUGGCACUUGGGAGCUUGGUCAAAUCGUGUCUUUUAAGAAAGAGGCACAUUGGCCAAUGUGUUUGUGGAAUAGGGACGCGGACUGGUGGCCGGAGAGCAUGUUCGAGAUUACUCAGCAUUUUGAAAACCAUUGGGCGCCUCUGCACUGUACGCACGAUCGCUGCUCGUCCUCACGAAUUGAUCAAUUCCCCGACCGUCCGAUCGCAUCGUGUCGCCUCGGAGAGAAACGCGAUUACCGAGGGACGAUGGCACAACCCGGCGUCCUCGAUCAGAAAUUAGAAAGCGGGCCAGCGCUUGAUAUCCCCGAAAAUGCGACAUCUACGACCGUAGCAGCACCUUUAGAAAAUACUGUCAAACCCGGAGAUGACCUCGAAGCAGCCAACAACACAAACGGACACCUCGCCAAGGAGGAAGACGACCAAAUCCUCGACCAAAAACCCGCGCGACGCGGCCGUUGGGGUGAAAUUGUCAGCACAAACCAUGCAGAUAUCGUAUUUAUUCUCUGCUCGUUGACCACCGGUCUAUGCGACGGUGUCGUUUAUGCCUCCUUUGGAUGUUUCAUCAGCAUGCAAACCGGAAACACAAUUUUCGUGGGAUUGGGUGCUUCGGGUAUACCUAUGAACAAACCGUACGGAUGGCUGAAGUCGUUGGUAUCGAUCUGCGGAUUUUUCACUGGAUCGUACGUGUUUGCAAAGAUUAUGCGAGCAGUCGGAAACCGGAAGAGGGGUACCUUGACCGUCUGUUUCGCUAUUCAGGCUAUUUUCGUGUUCAUUGCGGCUGCAAUCAUACAAGCUGAUACGAUUCCACACGACAUCAAUAAUCAACCUACCAGCGGACCGCUAUUUUUGGAAUUGAUUCCUAUCGCGAUCUUGGCUUUCCAGUUCGGUGGACAGAUUUCGGCUAGUCGUGGAAUGGGGUUCAAUGAGUUGCCGACCGUGGUGUUGACUUCGGUGUACUUUGAUAUUGCAUCCGAUCCGGGUCUCGCGGACGGUGUCACGAAGAACGUCAAACGCAACAGACGUAUCGGCUCSGGUGUGGCUAUUGUUGUCGGCGCGAUCGCGGCAGGUUGGCUAUGUCGUAGUGAUGCUGAGAUGCAGAGUGCUUUGUGGAUUUCUGGAUUCCUCAAAGUGUGCAUUGCUGUUGGAUGGACUAUCUGGCCUGUGGCUUCGAAAUAA